UUUAUUCCCAUCCCUGCAUCCCUCUCAUUUCUUCCCCACUCCCCCGGACCUUCCGGCAUCUUUGGAUCUUUGCUCCUUCCUUCCCACCCCCGGAACUCUCAGCAUCCCCUCAUCCUCAUUAUUUAUUCCCCAUCCCGCAUCCUCUUCAGGAGCCGCUCCGUAUCCUCUCCGUAUCCCUUCCGUGUCUCCUCCUCCUCCUCCUUCUUCUCCGGGCUCGGAAAACCCAGCAGGAGGUGACGAGGAGAGGGUCACAUCCUGCCUUGAGCCCAACCCUCCUGGGCUUUGCCGGCUCCAGCCAUGCUCCGGUGCUUGCUCCAACGAGCCGCCCUCCUUCCCAACUUGGAAAAGAGGGAGAAGCAAAGCGAUCCGGUGGCCAGCUUGACCUUCCGAGGGGUGAAGAAGAGGACUAAAGUCAUCAAGAACAACAUCAACCCAGUAUGGAACGAGGGCUUCGAGUGGGACCUGAAGGGAACUCCUUUGGACCCCAACGCUGAGCUCACCGUUGUCGUCAAAGACCAUGAGACCGUGGGGAGAAACCGGUUUCUGGGAGAAGCUCACGUGCCGCUGCGAGAUGUCCUCUCCUCGCCCAGCCUGGCCGCCUCCUACAACCUCCCCUUGUUGGACACCAGGAGGCAGAGCACCGGGGCUUUCCUCAUGCUGCAAGUGUCCUACGUCCCUCCACCCGGAGCCGCUCCCGUCUUCCCUCCUGCGGCUCCUCCCGAGGCGGCGCCGGCCACCGCGGAGCCCGAGGUGGUCCCGGAGGCGACCGUCGAGGAGGAGAUGGAGGAUCAGGUGGUGACGGGAGAUGAGACGGAGCCGUCCUCCUCCUCGGGGCCACCGGGCUCUGAGCCACCAUCGCUGCCCAGGAAGCCGCCCGUGCCCCACGUCCAAGGGGUGAAGCGCAGGAGAAGCUCCCCCAGAAAGCCUCUCUCCACCAAACCGCAGGACUUCCAGAUCAGGGUGAGGGUCAUUGAGGGCCGGCAGCUGCCCGGGGUCAACAUCAGACCCGUGGUGAAGGUGACAACCGCCGGGCAGACCAAGAGGACGAGGAUCCGCAAAGGCAACAGCCCCUUCUUCGAUGAGACCUUCUUCUUCAACGUCUUCGAGUCACCAGCCGAGCUGUUCGACCUUCCCAUCUUCAUCACGGUGGUGGACUCUCGGUCCUUCCGGAUGGAUUCGGUCAUCGGGGAGUUUCGGAUGGACGUCGAGAGCGUUUACAUGGAGCCGAAACAUGCUUUCCUCAGGAAGUGGCUCUUGCUCUCCGACCCAGAGGACUUCUCGGCGGGGGCCAAGGGCUACCUGAAGGUCAGCCUCUUCGUGCUGGGCCCUGGAGAUGAAGCUCCUCUGGAGAAGAAGGACGUUUCUGAAGACAAGGAAGACAUCGAAGGCAACGUCCUGCGCCCCACCGGGGUCACCUUGAGAGGAGCUCACUUCUGCUUGAAGAUCUUCAAAGCUGAAGACUUGCCCCAGAUGGAUGACGCCGUCAUGGACAACGUCAGGCAGGUCUUUGGCUUUGAGAGCAACAAGAAGAACCUGGUGGAUCCCUUUGUGGAAGUCAGCUUCGCCGGGAAGACGCUCUACUCGAGGAUCCUGGAGAAGAACGCCAACCCGCAGUGGAACCAAAGCCUGACGCUGCCGGCCAUGUUCCCCUCCAUGUGUGAGAAGAUGAGGAUCCGGGUGACCGACUGGGACCGUCUGACCCACAAUGACGUCAUCGGCACCGCCUCCCUCUGCAUGUCCAAGAUCUCGGCCCCCGGUGGGGAGCUGGAGGUGGACGAUGGGCUUGGGUUCCUGCCGACCUUCGGUCCGUGCUACGUCAACCUCUACGGGAGCCCCCGGGAGUUCUCCGGUUUCCCCGAUCCGUACGAGACCCUCAACUUGGGAAAGGGCGAGGGAGUGGCGUAUCGUGGCAGGAUCCUGGUGGAGCUGGAGACCAAGCUGGUGGAGCACGUGGAGCAGAAGGUGGAGGACAUUUCCGCCGAUGACAUCCUGCGGGUGGAGAAGUACCUUCGGCGCCGGAAGUACUCCCUCUUCGCUGCCUUCUACUCGGCCACCAUGCUCCAAGACGUGGACGAUGCCAUCCAGUUCGAGGUCAGCAUCGGCAACUACGGCAACAAGUUUGACACCACGUGUCUGCCGUUGGCCUCCACCACGCAGUACAGCCGCGCCGUCUUCGAUGGUUGUCAGUACUACUACCUGCCCUGGGGCAACGUGAAGCCCGUGGUGGUCUUGUCGUCCUUCUGGGAAGACAUCAGCCAUCGAACCGACGCUCAGAACCUUCUCCAGCAGGCGGCAGACGCGCUGGAGGCAAACCUGGAGAAGGUCCACCUUGCCAUCAAGGCCAAGCACCCGCCGAGUGAGCUGGACGUGCUGGGUGCUCAGCUGCUGGAGGACGUCAUCGCCCACUGCAGCCUGACCCUGCCCGAUGUCCUGGGGAAGCCGGGCAGCACCCACCUGGACCAGAACAUCUACCGCUUCCGCAGCACCAACCUGGAGCAGAUCGUGAAGGCCGCCCUGAAGCUCAAGCACGAGGACGCCAGCCUGGCGGUGGCCCUGGAGCAGGCGGAGGACUGGUUGUCCAGGCUGAAGGCCAUGGCAGAGGAGCCCCAAAACAGCCUUCCUGACAUCGUCAUUUGGAUGCUUCAAGGAGACAAACGUGUCGCCUACGCCCGCGUGCCCGCCCGGGAAGUCCUCUUCUCCAGGAACAUCUCCAGCUGCUGCGGCAAGAACUGUGGGAAGCUGCAGACCAUCUUCCUGAAGUACCCCCAGGAGGAGACCAUGGGGCCGAAGAUCCCGGCCCAGCUCCGAGUCCUGCUCUGGUUUGGGCUGUCCAUCGAUGAGAAGGAGUUCAACCAAUUUGCCGAGGGGAAGCUCUCCGUCUUUGCCGAAACCUACGAGAACCAAACCAAACUGGCGCUGGUGGGCAACUGGGGCACCACCGGCCUGACCUACCCCAAGUAUUCGGAUGUCACCGGCAAGAUCAAGCUGCCCAAGGACAGCUUCCGCCCCUCCACGGGCUGGACCUGGGCUGGAGACUGGUUCAUCUGCCCGGAGAAGACGUUGCUCCACGACGUGGACGCCGGGCACCUGAGCUUCGUGGAGGAGGUGUUUGAGAACCAGGUCCGUCUGCCUGGAGGCCAAUGGAUCCACAUGACCGAAGCCUACAGCGACGUGAACGGGGAGAAGGUCCUGCCCAAGGAGGAGAUUGAGUGUCCUCCAGGCUGGAAAUGGGAAGAUAUAGAGUGGGACACCGACCUCAACAGAGCUGUGGAUGAGAAAGGCUGGGAGUAUGGCAUCACCAUCCCACCGGACCGCAAGCCCAAGGCCUGGGUGCCGGCUGAGAAGAUGUACCACACCAACCGGCGACGGCGCUGGGUGCGGCUCCGCCGGAGGGACCUCACGCAGAUGGAGACCAUGAGGAAGCACAAGCAGGAGGAGCUGGAUGGCGAAGGUUGGGAAUACGCCUCGCUCUUUGGUUGGCGCUUCCACCUCAAGUAUCGCCGGACCGACACCUUCCGCCGGCGCCGCUGGAGGCGCAGGAUGGAGCCCCUGGAGCGCACGGGCGCCGCCGCCGUCUUCGCCUUGGAGGGAGCCCUGGGGGGAGUGACAGACGACAAGAGCGAUGAUGGCAAAUCCAUCUCCACCCUCAGUUUUGGUGUCAACAGACCCACCAUCUCCUGCAUAUUUGACUGUGGGAACCGAUACCACCUCCGCUGCUACAUGUACCAAGCUCGGGAUCUGAUCGCCAUGGACAAGGACAGCUUCUCAGAUCCUUAUGCCAUUGUCUCCUUCCUCCACCAAAGCCAGAAGACGGUGGUGAUCAAGAACACCUUGAACCCCACCUGGGACCAGACACUCAUCUUCUACGAGAUAGAGAUCUUUGGAGACCCUGAGAACGUGUCUGACUCUCCUCCCAACAUCGUGGUGGAGAUCUAUGACCACGACACCUACGGUGCCGAUGAGUUCAUGGGGCGCUGUAUCUGCAGGCCCAGCCUGGCGCGGUCACCACGGCUCUCCUGGCACCCGGUCGUCAAGGCCAACAGAAACGUUGGGGAGCUGCUGGCUGCCUUCGAGCUGAUUCAGAGGGAGAAGCCGGCUGUCCAUCACAUCCCCGGCUUCGAGGUAACGUCUUUCUCCUCUUUCCUGGACGAGUCCGCGGACUCAGACCUGCCGUACCCCCCACCCCAGCGGGAGCCCAACAUCUACAUGGUCCCUCAAGGGAUCAAACCGGUCCUGCAGCGCACGGCCAUCGAGGUCCUGGCCUGGGGGCUGAGGAACCUCAAGAGCUACCAGCUGGCCAGCGUCACCUCUCCCAGCCUGGUGGUGGAGUGUGGAGGCCAGCUGGUGCAGUCCUGUGUCAUCAAGAAUGUCAAGAAGAACCCCAACUUUGACAUCUGCGUGCUCUUCAUGGAAGUGCGUCUGCCCAAGGAGAGCCUCUACAGUCCCCCCAUCGUCGUCAAAGUCAUCGACAAUAGGCCCUUCGGCCGAAGGCCUGUGGUGGGGCAGUGCACCAUCCGCUCGCUGGAGGACUUCUACUGCAACCCCUACCACGAGGAGAUGGACGGUCCCCAGGAGCACGCCGAUGACGUGAGCCUCACGCCCAGGGAUGAUGUCCUCAUUGACAUCGAUGACAAAGAGCCCCUCAUUCCUGUCCAGCUUGCAGAAGGUCUGACCACCUCGGCAUUAAUUAACAUCGCAGCUUCUCGGGCCCAGGCUCAUGAGGAAGAAUUCAUUGACUGGUGGAGCAAGUUCUACGCCUCCACCGGGGAGAGGGAGAAAUGUGGCUGCUAUUUGGAGAAGGGCUUCGACACCCUGAAGGUCUACGAGACAGAGCUGGAGAACGUGGAGGACUUCGAGUGUCUCUCUGACUUCUGCCACACCUUCAAGCUGUAUCGCGGCCGCUCGCAGGACUCAAAUGACGACCCCUCAAUUGUGGGGGAGUUCAAGGGCUCCUUCAAGAUUUACCCUCUCCCCGACGACCCGCGAGUCCCAGUGCCACCUCGGCAGUUCCACCAGCUGCCGGCCAGAGGACCUCAGGAGUGUCUUGUCAGGGUCUACAUCAUCCGGGCCUUUGAUCUCCAACCCAAGGACGCCAAUGGGAAGUGCGAUCCCUACGUGAAGGUCUCAGUGGGAAAGAAAUCCAUGAAUGACCAAGAAAAUUACAUCCCCUGCACGUUGGAGCCGGUCUUCGGAAAGAUGUUUGAGCUGAGCUGCACUCUGCCCCUGGAGAAGGACUUGAAGAUCACCCUCUAUGACUACGACCUCCUGUCGAAGGAUGAGAAGAUUGGGGAGACCGUCAUAGACCUGGAGAACCGGUUCCUGUCAAAAUACGGGGCGCGCUGUGGCCUCCCUCAAACGUACUGCGUCUCUGGACCCAACCAGUGGCGAGACCAACUCCGUCCUUCCCAGCUGCUCCACCUCUUCUCUCUGCAACACAACUACAAGGCUCCAACCUACAAGUCCGACCGGGUCAUCUUCAGGGAACAAGAGUACAUCCUCUCCGAACUGGAGGACGGCAAACCCCUCAACCCCCACCUGGGGCCCGUGGAGGAGCGUCUCGCCCUGUACGUGCUGCGGAAGCAAGGCUUGGUGCCGGAGCAUGUGGAGACGAGACGUCUUUACAGCCCUCUCCAGCCGGAGAUUGAGCAGGGAAAGCUACAGAUGUGGGUGGACCUGUUCCCGAAAUCUCUGGGUCAACCUGGUCCCCCUUUCAACAUCACUCCGCGCAAAGCCAAGAGGUUCUACUUGCGCUGCAUCAUCUGGAACACCAAAGAUGUCAUCCUGGAUGACCUCAGCAUCACUGGAGAGAAGAUGAGUGACAUCUACGUCAAAGGCUGGCUGGUGGGCCACGAGGAGAACAAGCAGAAGACAGACGUGCACUACAGGUCUAUGGGAGGAGAGGGCAACUUCAACUGGAGAUUCAUCUUCCCCUUUGACUAUCUCCCAGCUGAGCAAAUGUGUUACGUCGCCAAGAAGGAGCACUUCUGGAGCUUGGACAAAACAGAAAAUAAGAUUCCACCACAGCUUAUCUUCCAGAUCUGGGACAAUGACAAGUUCUCCUUCGAUGACUAUUUGGGCUCCAUUCAGAUGGAUCUCAACAGGAUGCCCAAACCUGCCAAGACGGCUGAGAAGUGCUCCUUAGAGCUCAUAGAUGAGACCUUGGCUUCGAGUCGCUUUGUGUCUCUCUUUGAGCAGAAAACUGUCAAGGGGUGGUGGCCCUGUGUUGCUGAGCAGGAUCAGAAGAAGAUCCUGGCGGGCAAGUUGGAAAUGACCUUGGAAAUUGUGGCAGAGCAAGAGCAUGACGAGCGGCCAGCUGGCAUGGGUCGGGAUGAGCCCAAUAUGAACCCCAAGCUGGAGGACCCCAAGCGCCCAGAGACCUCCUUCUUGUGGUUCACUUCUCCAUUCAAGACCAUGAAGUACAUCCUGUGGCGGCGGUACAAGUGGGUGGUUAUCCUGGCCAUCGUGCUCUUCAUUUUGCUGCUCUUCCUGGGAAUCUUCAUCUACGCCUUCCCGAACUACGCUGCUAUGAAGCUGGUGAAACCUUUCAACUGAAGCUACGCUUGAAGACACCUGGAAGGUCCCGUGUCAGCCCAGGGAGCUUGGAAAGAAGCUGUGGCUCUGCUCUGGAUCGCAGAUGGAGACGCAGAAGGGAGAACCUCUCCCAAGCCAUUGGCUGAUCCCACUCACCUUGGAAGCAGCACGUAAAAAAAUUACCUGUUUGGAACUAUUUCUUCCGAUACAUCCUUAUCUGUUGUCCUUUUUUUUGGUUGGGGUUGAGCUGCUCUGAUUUGUAACGCUGGAAUUCCAGUUCAGAAGAGGGUGAAGGACAGAAGGACCUCAUCACAGACAGUUGUCUUCUUGUUAUCACAGCUUCUUGUCCCUCUGAGCUCCUCUUUCACCUCAACCAUCCCACGUGCCCCCUUCCAAACCGAUGUGUGGUGGCAGAAAGUGGAGUUGGGCUGAGCUCAGAACGAUCCCAGGAGCAAAGCUGUGCCCAUGGAUUUUGCUUUUCUCCUCUCUCACAGACAGUUGUCUUCUUGUCAUCACAGCUUCUUGUCCCUCUGAGCUCCUCUUUCACCUCAACC